GCGCUUGCGCAGUAACUGAACGCGGGCGUUUCUUUUCUCCCUUUUUUCCGAAUUCGUUUUGCGGGUAUAUUCGAGUUAUAAAAUGGCGGCCUGGGGCGUGCUCCGCGCCGUUGUCCCUGCCGUCUUGGGCUGAGCGCUCGGCUCUCCACCUCGCCGCCGAACACAGAGACGAGCCCCCGGGGGAUAUGCUGUUUGAGACUCCGGGCUUGCUGAGCACCAAGUCCUUCCAGGCUCUCGGCGCGCCGGAAGCGACCGAGCGCGCGCGGCCGGGCAACCAGCAGCCGCCUCCAACACGAGCACCGCGGCCUCGGCUCCGCUCGCCGCCGCGCCCACGACCCCGCGAAGACUGUGGCGAUCGCCGGGGAGGUGAAGAAACUGAGGCACAGAAAUUAAAUAACUUGCCCAAGUUCUCACGGCUAGAAGGUGGCAAAACUGGGAUGCCAGCAUCUUGCAAUAUUUUCUCAAAUACUGUAUGCAGUACUCCAGGUCACUGGUUCGACAACAGAACACCGAUGAUGAACUGGGCAAGUUUGGGGCAUUUGGAGUAUAUCAGUAAACAAAACAAAGGUUCAAAAAAAUGGCCAAAAGAAUUGCUGAGAAGGAAUUGACAGACAGGAACUGGGAUCAAGAAGAUGAAGCUGAAGAGGUGGGAACAUUCUCAGUGGCCAGUGAGGAAGUCCUGAAGAAUAGAGCCAUAAAGAAAGCAAAGCGUAGAAAUGUUGGAUUUGAAUCUGAUAGUGGAGGAGCCUUUAAAGGAUUUAAAGGUUUGGUUGUACCUUCUGGAGGAGGAGGGUUUUCUGGAUUUGGUAGUAGCACUGGAGGGAAGCCUCUAGAAGGACUGUCAAAUGGAAACAGCACAACUAUCACCUCUCCCUUCACCAGUGCAAGAGUGGCAACAGAGACCCAGGCAGCCUUUGGUUCUAUUGCUGCAAAUGGCCCUACCACCUUGGUUGAUAAAAAGAUUUCAAAUCCCAAAACUAAUGGUAACAGUCAGCAGCCUUCCUGCUCUGGCCUUGCUUCUAGCAAAGCCUAUGCCAGUAACACCUAUAACAGGCAGUUGGCUGCCUUGAACUGCUCUGUCCGGGACUGGAUAGUGAAGCACGUGAAUGCAAACCCACUCUGUGACCUGACACCCAUCUUUAAAGACUAUGAGAAAUACUUAGCAAACAUUGAACAGCAACACGGAAACAGUGUCAGUAAUGAUUCUCAAAGUGAAACUAACAAGACGUCGGUUGAAACGCAGCCUCCUUCCCUAUUUGGCUCAACAAAAUUACAGCAAGAGUCAGCAUUUCUGUUCCCCAGCAACAAAACUGAAGAUACAUCUGAAAAGGAGACUGAGGUUGUGUCUGAAAAGAAAAUGGACCCAUCACUAGGAGCAACAAGUGCCUCGUUUAAUUUUGGCAAGAAAAUUGAUAGCUCUGUUUUGGGCUCACUAAGCUCUGGCCCCCUGGCUGGAUUUUCAUUUUCCUCUGGAAACUCCAGUUUAUUUGGCAAAGAUACUACCCAGAGUAAACCAGUUUCUUCACCAUUGUCCACUAAAACACUGGAGAGCCAAGCAGAAGGUGGCAGUAAUGAAUGCAAAGGUGGAGAUGAAGAAGAGAAUGAGGAACCACCCAAAGUAGAAGUUACUGAAGUAAAAGAAGAUGAUGCUUUUUAUUCCAAAAAGUGUAAACUAUUUUACAAGAAAGACAAUGAAUUUAAAGAGAAAGGUGUGGGUACUCUGCAUUUGAAACCUACAGCAAACCAGAAGACGCAGCUUUUGGUACGGGCAGACACCAAUUUAGGCAACAUAUUGCUGAAUGUUCUGAUUCCACCCAAUAUGCCAUGUACUCGAACAGGGAAAAAUAACGUCCUUAUUGUCUGUGUUCCAAACCCACCUGUUGAUGAGAAGAAUGCCACUACCCCUGUUACCAUGUUAAUUCGGGUAAAAACUAGCGAGGAUGCAGAUGAGUUGCACAAAAUUUUACUGGAGAAAAAAGAUGCCUGAACACGUGACGUCAACUGAGGAAUUGUUGCCAAGUUGCUGCUCCCCCACCGCCCCAAACUCAGUCAGUUUUUCUUCUCUUCUUUGACAUUCUAAGAACUUACAGAUAACUUAAAACUUUUGUGAGGAAGAAUAUGGCCAAUAAAACCUUUAAAUAUUAAGUGUCAAGAAACUGUAUUCUCCCUUCUUAAGAACUGUCUAAUGUGUAAAAUACAUUUCAAUGAAAUUUUUGGAAGGCUUUUUAAAUGUUCAUUUGUUUAUUAAACUAACCAUAAGUGAUUUCUU